GUCGCUCGUGGUAUUUUAUUCUGGUGAAGAACAAGAACUUGGAUAGCUAGCGUACCCCGAUGGCUAUCGGUUGAGAUUUUGGUAGUUUUAACGUUUUUGAAAAGUGUUGAUAAACAACCUAAACUUAACCACGACACUGGUGCGUACUGGGCGUUAGCAAUCUGUUUUCACAACAGGACCGUGUUUUGAGUUGUUAGGAACGCAUGAAAAAUGGAGUCAGAAGGAGCGCUGAACAACCAAAGGGAGCAGACAGCGAUCUGCUUCAAGGCCUUUAUGCUCAAGAAUAGUACAAAAAGUAACCUCAACCUCUAUGACCAUCUUGCACGACUACUGACCAAGGUGAUGGAUGAGCGUCCAGAAAAUGUGGUUGAUGUAAUUGAAGACAUGAGCCGUGAGGUGAAGCAGGGAUUGCUGCAGGACAAGCAGAGCACCUUGAGAGACAUGCCACUGGCACCUGCUGCACAGCUCUUGGCUGAGCAACAGAGGUUACUGUUUUCACGGAGAGGGGGUGAUGAUGGUGACCAAGAGGAGGAACUGGUAGAAACACCGCUCCCCAAUGUGAGUGAGCUUGGCUUCUUCCUGGAGCAGGCUGGAGUUGGACUGGGCAGAGAGGAGAUGCUGAAGGUCUUCCUGGCACUCAAGCAGCUGGUGGAUUCCCAACCGCUAGUGCGCUGCCGACUUUGGGGAAAGAUCCUGGGCAUAGAAGGCAACUAUCUUGUUGCUGAGUGCGAGUACAGAGAGGGGGAGGAGGAGGAAGAGGGUAAUGAGGAAACAGUGGAAGACGAGGAAAGAGAUGGAGAACCUCGGGAUGAUGAUGAGGAAGCUGAUGUGGUGGAAGUGAUUGAUACGCUCCCAAGAUCCACCUUCAAGCCCCCGCCUGUGGUGCCAAAGGAGGACAACCGCACAGGUGUGAACAAGUUUACUUACUUUGUGUGCCGAGAGCCUGGCCUUCCCUGGGUGAGGCUGCCCACUGUCACUCCCACCCAGAUCACAGCCGCACGCCACAUCCGCAAAUUCUUCACAGGGAGACUGGAUGCCCCCAUCAUCAGCUAUCCUCCUUUUCCUGGCAAUGAGGCCAACUAUUUGCGAGCCCAAAUUGCUCGCAUCUCUGCCGGCACACAGGUCAGUCCCCUCGGGUUCUAUCAGUUUGCAGAGGAGGAAGGUGAGGAGGAAGAGGAGGGAGCCCGAGACAGCUUUGAAGAGAAUCCUGACUUUGAGGGAAUUCCUGUUCCUGAAAUGGCAGAAUCUCUAUCCACCUGGGUGCAUCAUGUCCAGCACAUCCUCCAACAGGGUCGCUGUGUGUGGGUGAACCUGGCUGACAAGCCUGAGGAUGACUUUGAGGAGGAAGCAGAUGAAGAGGAGAAGGAGGAGGAGCCUGAUGAGCCUGAGCCAGAGGUGGGGCCUCCCCUCCUCACUCCACUCUCUGAGGAUGCAGAGACUACCAACACCCCUCCCUGGAGCGCCAAGAUGUCCUCCACCCUCAUCUCUCAGUUUGCUAUUGCAGUGCUGCGCUCAAACCUCUGGCCAGGGGCUUAUACUUAUGCCAGUGGAAAGAAGUUUGAGAACAUCUACAUUGGCUGGGGCUUGAAAUUUGCAGGGGAAGGGUACAUCCCAACUGUUCCAUUAAUGCCCCAGCGAGAAUACCCCAGUGGGCCAGAGAUCACAGAGGCCCUGGACCCCGGUCUGGGGGAAGAGCAGGCACUGAAAGCAACCCUGGAGGAACAGAAGGCUGCCCAAGAAGAGACAGAGGGCCUGGGUGAAGACGAAGAGGAGGAGGAAGAAGAGGAUGAUUAAGGAUGACUUUGUAGUUAACAGACACUACAUUACAAAAUAGGCAAUAUUUACUGUUGACUAAAGCCCUAGGGCUCUAUUUAAUCCUCAUCCGAAGUUCAGCUUUACAGCGUGAUUUAAAUUGAAAGGCAAUGUUCCGGCUUUAGUUGAGACUGCAUUCACAGGAAACGCUGCAUAUGUCGGCUCAAUCGGAAAUGACCUUUACAUUUCUACUGUGGAAGCGUUACAGAUUGAAUAGAGCCUCUAAUUUAUCAGGAAAGAACAAAUAAAACAAUUAGUUAA